AAACAACAAAAAGAGAAUAUGCGAGAGAGGGUUAUAUGUGUGUGGAAUAAAGUUAUCGUUAUUAUUAUUUUUGUGUAAAUCAGCAAUUCAAUCCAUAGAGCACCGGGCUGCUAAAUCAGUAACCACUAGUUCGAAUCAUAGAGCAGAUCAAGUUCUCGUUUCAGUUUCAUUUACAAGUCUGUGAGACAAGGAAUAACCAAAUGGACAAUAUAUUUGUCUUUUCUCACAAUCACACCAAUCAAAAUGUUGUCAUUUAAAUAACCCCCAUCUGUUUAUGCUUGUUUCUAAAACAAAAAAUAUCUUUUUCUGUUUUCAUUUCAUAAACAACGGUAUAAAAAGGGAAACACAGGUUUGCACUAUGCCUCCUAUAAUGGUUUCUAUAAGUUAGUCAAGUGUUUGUGCUACUUUGGAGCCAAUCCGAAUUCGCAGAACAAAGAUGGUACCACCCCAUUGCAUUUAGCUGCGCGAUAUGGGUAUCAGAAGUCUUGUCAGAUCCUUGUGUGUUGUGGAAGCGAUAUCAAUGUUCAGGAUCGAGUAGGUCAAACACCAUUGCACGUUGCAGCACUUCACAAUCAGAGGCGUAUUGUGACGAUGCUGUUAAAUUUCCACGCUAGGAUUGAUAUAGUAGACGCUAUAUUAGAUAAUCCGAUGCAUAUUGCAGUAUCAAUGGGACAUGCUGACAUCGUGAAGCAAUUAUUACGAGCCAAUAAAGAUAGAUUGGAACUGGACUGUUUUUCUCGUGAUACUAGUAGACCGAAUGAGAAUGUAGAUAUACGUUCGAUGACUAAUGCUCAAAAUGAAAAACCAUUCGAUAUCGCCUUGUGCCAACGCUGCCCUGAAAUCUUAAGGAUAAUGGCGUCAGAUUUCACGGAAAAGCAUGAAGUAUCACGAUAUUCAUAUCAUCGUCUGCAUCCUGCUCGAUUGGCAUUGGAAGAUAUUGAAAAUCUUCGAGGAAAUUCAAUGAAUGGAGCAAACAAUGACAUGAUCACAAGUCUCUCAAACUAUAACGGUGGCGAUGAUACAACAUCGUCUGAGGAGGACCUACCAAAAAUGAUGCGCAAACGGGGAUACUCAGAUAAUAAGAAUUUGAAAUACAAAUAUAUUCAUAGUAACUUAAACGAGACAACACCUCCCUCAAACACUGCCGAUUCAUCACCGGAUGAAGAUUUCGAAAAGGAUAAGUUAAACGAAUCACCUAGGGAGAGUAUCCAUGACGAAGCAAUAAUAUCAACUGGGGCACGUUUCAAGCCGUCUUGCAAUGUGAGCUCGCGCAAUGUCGAUAACGAAUGUAAUUCUUUAACUCCAAAUGAAUCAUCUACAUCGAAUUCUCCACCGAAAGGAAAUACUAAAUCGAACUUCUUCAGUCGACUCCUUUCAAAAAUAUUCAAACGUAAAAAGAAAUCGUCAGCCAAAUGAAGAUGGUUUACUCUCACAAUGGCAUGGCUGAGAUCGACUUCAAGCAACAGAUUAGGCUGCGAUUGAUAGAUCCUGCUCUUUAUAUCGUGUCUGACAGUUCUUAUUUUUUAUGCUUUGUUCAUUAGACUCACGUUUUUUUCAUAAAUAAACUCUUCAACACACUAGUAUAGGCUUUUCAC